AUGCUGCCUCCCGACCUGCAUGAUCAGAUUCAAUACCGAACUAUCGUCACCCCAUUGUUUUGCUACAAUUAUGUGGAGCCUCAUUAUCCAAAUGUUGUAGCAAAACAGUUCGCGGAACUUGAUGAUAUUGACUUGGCCGGUGUUGGAUCUGAUAUGGGAGUGAUUAUUUCAAAGGGAAAUAAAGGCAAUCAUCCCAUCAAUUUUAAAGAACAUUUUAAAAGAGAGCUGAGACAAUGGGAGGAUAUUGAUAGGCGGUUUGCACAAAACUUCCAGACUAUUGAAGCAUCCACUUCCGAGACGGCAGGUGAUACUGAAGCACCCUAUUUCGAGACGACAGGUGAUCACCAAUCACCCAAUAUUGAGUAUAGCACUAGUGGAGCAUAUGGGAUUCCGGUGGUUGAGGAAACAAAUAUUCAACUCGAGCAGAAUGAGGUUGAGUUGAACUCGAGCAGACAUCAAGGAUUCUAUAUCACAAACUAA